AUGGAGACAACAGUAGUGAUAGUAGGAGCCGGGCCUUCUGGCCUUGCAACCUCGGCUUGCCUGUCCCGCCAUUCCAUCCCCUAUGUUGUCCUUGAAAGAGAAGAUUGUUACGCUUCUCUUUGGAAGAAAAGAACCUAUGACCGAUGUGGUCUCCAUUUGGCUAAAGAAUUUUGUUCCUUACCGUUUAUGCCACACCCACCCGAAACAUCGACUUUUCUCUCCAAAGAUGAUUUUCUUCAAUACAUAGAUAAUUAUGUCUCCCGUUUUGAUAUCAAUCCUCGAUAUUUCCGCUCUGUUCGUUCCGCUUUCUACGACAAAGAUGAAAAGAAAUGGCGGGUUGAAGCCAAAAACUCCAUAGAAGGAAAGGUGGAAGUUUAUGUUGCGGAUUUCUUAGUUGUCGCGUCUGGGGAGAAUAGUGAGGGUUAUAUUCCUGAUCUGCCAGGGUUGGAUAGCUUUGGGGGAAAGAGUCUGCAUUCUAACCAUUACAGAUCGGGUUUAAAAUAUCAAAACAAGGAUGUUUUGGUUGUUGGAUGUGGAAAUUCUGGAAUGGAGAUUGCUUAUGAUCUCUCAAUCUUUUACGCUAAACCCUGCAUUGUUGUUAGAAAUCCGUUUCAUGUGCUCACCAAAGAGUCUGUUGCUCGAGGAAUGUAUUUACUGAAAUAUCUCCCAGUUCAUCUGGUGGAUGCUCUGGUCUUAAUGCAUGCUAAAUUCAUAUAUGGAGAUCUAUCGAAAUAUGGGAUUCAUCGACCAAAAAUAGGCCCAUUCACUCAAAAAGCUUUAACAGGAAGAUCUCCUGUCAUCGACGUUGGCACUGUCAAAAAGAUCCAAGAAGGAGAAAUAAAGGUUGUCCCAGAGAUAUCGAGUAUUAAGAAAGACAAAGUGGUUUUCAAGGAUGGCACUGAGAGAAAGUUUGAUGCGAUUGUGUUCGCCACUGGUUAUCGAAGCUCAGCUAAUCACUGGCUUAAGGAUUAUGUAUACGCUCUUAAUGAUGAAGGAAUGCCAAAAAACAAUUUCCCUGCUCAUUGGAAGGGAGAGAAUGGCCUAUAUUGUGCUGGAUUGUCAAGGAGAGGACUCUUUGGGAUUGCGAUGGAUGCACAGGCCAUAGCCAACGAUGUUCAAAAGGUUUUAAGCGGCAGAAAUUAA